ACAAUGUUUCCCUCAUCCAGCAACAGCAGCACCCCACGGUUUCUUUCCCUUUUCCAUGAAAGAAAUGAAUCAGAAGCAAAAAGGGGGAGAUGGAGCAGAGCUACGAACAAGGGAGGGACAAGCAGCGCUACUGUCGCCGGUCACCUCGCCGUCGUGCCCAGAUCGCGUCCAGCCCUCGUCACCGCCAUUCGUCCUCAGCCUCAUCGCGUUCUUGCUUGACCGCUGCUGCUCCCAUGUCCUCCAACGGCGCUGCUGUUGUCGCCAAUAGAGCUGUCACGAAGAGGAGGAAGGGCGCUGCUUCACGCCUCGCCGCCGUCGCUCCUCUGAAAAGGGCAAAAAGUGGUCGCCGUCAAGCAUGACGGGUGGAGGAGAGGGAGAACUCACGUCUGAGACUAGGAGGAGAUGGGGUUUCGCCGCUGUUGGGGUCUCACCGCCGCCGUCCCCGUGGUGGCUGGUGUCGUCGCCGGAGAAGACCACCGGAGUUGCUGUCUGCCUCUGCCUCGGGGUUCUGCAAGUUGUUCGAGCCCACUGCCGCCAGAGCUGCCCAGAACCACCGCUGUGGCUGCCGCUGGGACUGUGAACGGAAGGAGGAGAUGCUGUUUCCGUUACAGCCACUCCCGGAGGAGAAGUCAACCGCGCCGCCGUUCCGAGUUGCCGGAGAACGCCACUGCCGCCACCGAGCUCCACUGGCGAUCGCCGCUGCUGCUUGGGGCUGACUGCCGGGCUGCUGCCGAGCCGGUUCGGAGACUGCCGUUGUUUCGGUUCAGCCGUUCCUUUGGUUCGAGUCAUUGUGGUUGCUGAGAAAACGGUUUGGAGCUGAGGUUUUGGUAGUCGGGAUUUUGAUUGUUGAUUUCGGGUCGAGGCAGAAAGGA